AUGGCCCCCAAGAUCGCCAUCCUCUUCUACUCCAUGUACGGCCACGUCGCCACUCUCGCCGAGGCCGAAGCCGAAGGCAUCCGAGCAGCAGGCGGACAAGUCGACAUCUACCAAGUUCCCGAGACUCUCCCUCAGGAAGUCUUGACCAAGAUGCACGCACCGGGUCAGGGAACCAAGUAUCCCGUCAUUGACCACCCCAAGACGUUGGAGCAGUAUGAUGCGUUUUUGUUUGGAAUCCCGACACGAUAUGGAAACUUCCCCGCCCAAUGGAAAGCCUUCUGGGACUCGACUGGUGGACAAUGGCAGACGGGAGCUUUCUGGGGCAAGUACGCUGGCCUCUUCGUCUCCACUGGAACCAUGGGUGGCGGUCAAGAAAGCACCUGCAUCGCCGCCAUGAGCACGUUGGCCCACCACGGCUUCAUCUACGUUCCCCUGGGCUACAAGACCACCUUCGCACUCCUCGGAGACUUGUCCGAAGUCCGAGGUGGUUCGGCAUGGGGAGCAGGAACAUUUUCUGCAGGAGAUGGAUCCCGACAGCCUUCGAAGAAGGAAUUGGAGUUGGCGACGGCGCAGGGUAAAGCGUUUUACGAGGCGGUGAAGAAGGUGGAUUUUGCUGGUGCAGCGUGA